CUAAUUUUUCAUUCAAUUCAGGGGAUGAGCGUUAAAGGCACUAAAACAAACGGAGCAGGACUAUCGUAAGGAAACACGCCGUUUCUACAAGGUCCUGUCUGGCAUCAACCUUAUCGUUUCCCUUCCCUUUACCCGAUAAACAGCGUAUCAACAUUAAAGCGUCGAGUGGGCUUUCCGUCGGUCGGGCUGCUGGUAUAUAAUACCUUCUCGUAGUCCGCUUUUCUUUUUCUCUUCAGACAUUCCUGCUCCCCUUCCAGAACCCUUACCUGACGUUGUUCACUUCCCUCAACCCUUCGCCUCAUAUCCUUCCUAUCCUUACCCUACCUACUCUCGCCGUCAUACUUCCCUCUCAACAUGAAGCUCACUCUCUCUGUCGCUGUCCUUGCUCUGGCCGCCUCUCAGGCCAUGGCUGUCGUUCCUAUCCCCAUCAAGGAAUGCACCAAGUCCGUAGUUGUUGAACCCACUGACGUUAGUUGCAUUGAUUUUGCUACUAAGUAUGGCACAACCUUUGAGAAUCUCUUGAAGUGGAACCAGAAGUUGAGAGACGACUGCAAGAACCUCGAUGUGGGCGAGCCCAUUUGUGUCUCUAUCACUCCUGGCGACUGCUGCCUGAAGGAAAACCCCAACCAUGUCACUGUUCCAGGCUCUAUGCCCACCAGCAGUGUAGCUGAGCCUGCAACCAAUGUAACUUCGACGGUUGUCAGUGGCGCUCCUACCACCGCUGGCACGGUCACUGCCACCACUGUCACCAGUGCCGCCACGGCCCCUACCGUCACGGCCCCUACCGCCAUCUCCAGCAGUGCUGCUAACAAGCCCACGACGACUGCCACUCCCAUUUCCUCGACCCAGCCCAGCGAGGCCGCAGGCUCAAAGAUCUCCAUGAUGCUGGCCGCUGCUGGUGUCAUGCUCUCAGUUGCUUAUAUGCUCUAAGCUUGCCAUCACGCAAGAUAAUCCAUAGCCAUUUGGACACAUUUCGCGAGCCACUAAGAUGGAACGCCUUUAAGAUAAUCUUCCUUCUACAACAUACCCUUACCCAAUUACGUUAUAGAACUGAUCGUCCCACUCAGCUAUAAACGAAUUUGAAUAUGAAAGCUAGCGGUGGAAUUACGGAAUGAUGGGCAUACUUAUAAAUUCGCAAUCAAUCGUC